AUGUCUUCAGAAGAAACCCUGGCCAGCAUAUUGGAAGCACCAGCUCUUCCACCACCAGCCGGUGUCACGCCGGACUUUGAACAUACUCCCAGUCAUAAUGUUCUUGCCUGGUUUGUGACUACAUUUUGCAUGGUCGUGGCAACGCUAUGUCUGCUUCUUCGAGCUUAUGUUAGGUUGUGGCUGGAUGGGAAACUUCGCAUCGAAGAAGUCCUGAUGAUUUGUGUAUAUGGAGCCUACUUGGCUGCCGCCUACGCUGCAUAUUCUUUAAUCUAUACCUCCAGAUAUGGAGUUCAUACUUGGGAUCUCCAUAAUAAAGAUUGA